AUGGCUCGUGAGGCUCAAUCUAUAAUAAGGUUAUUAGUGGUGCUAUUAUUUCUGGGUUGUAUUAUGAUUUGGAUAAUGAUGCCUACAAAUACUUUCAAUCUAAAAUGGUUUCCUAAAAUCCGUGGCAAAGCUGAUCCUACCUAUUUUGGUGCACAAGGUGAAACGAUCCUCAUGUACACUUUUCCAGUCUUGUUAAUUGCUACUUUGGGAUGUGUCUAUCUCCACAUAGCCAAAAAAUCAUCAAAUGAGAGCAACAUAGAAAUUCGCAAUGGGAAGAAACAUGGGACAACCAUAUGGAACCGUCCAAUGCUUGUAAAAGGACCUCUUGGAAUUGUUUCUAUCACAGAAAUAGCAUUCUUGCUCAUGUUCAUUGCACUUCUUGUUUGGUCUUUUACAACUUAUUUGCACAUCGGUUUUAAAACAGUAGCAAAAACAGCGGCAGAGUACGGCAAUACAGUUGAGCAAGAGAAGUUGUAUAGUGUGGGAAUAUGGUUAGGUCUUGUUGGGAACAUAUGUUUGGCAUUCUUGUUUUUCCCGGUGACACGUGGAUCAUCUGUCCUACCAAUAUUUGGCCUCACUUCUGAAGGUUGCAUCAAAUAUCAUAUUUGGCUUGGACACAUACUUAUGGCAAUUUUCACAACUCAUGGAAUUUGUUACAUCACCUAUUGGGCAUCUACUAAUAAAAUGUCAGAGAUGUUGAUAUGGACCAAAGAUGGAGUAUCAAAUUUGGCUGGAGAGAUAUCUUUGCUUGCUGGUUUGUUCCUGUGGAUUGCAACCAUUCCCAGAAUUAGGAGAAAAUUCUUUGAGCUCUUUUUUUACACACAUCACCUCUACAUAAUCUUCAUCAUCUUCUACAUAUUUCAUGUUGACAUUUCCUUUUCCUUCACUAUGCUCCCUAGUUUUUACCUCUUCUUGGUUGAUCGUUUCCUAAGGUUCUUACAAUCUAGGCGCGGUGUUCGUUUGCUUUCAUCUCGUAUUUUGCCUUGUGAAGGUGUAGAACUCAACUUCUCUAAGGGACAUGGAUUGACUUAUAAUCCCACAAGUGUGAUGUUCAUAAAUGUACCAAGCAUAUCAAAGUUGCAAUGGCAUCCAUUUACCGUUACUUCUAAUAGUAAAUUGGAGCCGGAAAAGCUAAGUGUUGUCAUUAAAUGUGGAGGAGCUUGGACACAGAAGCUCUACCAGUUGCUUUCAAAUCCUUCGCCUAUCGGUCGCCUUGGAAUAUCUGUUGAAGGUCCUUAUGGACCUGCUUCUACCAAUUAUCUAAGGCAUGACACACUUGUGAUGGUGAGUGGAGGAAGUGGAAUCACACCAUUUUUCUCAAUAAUUAGAGAGUUAAUAUAUCUUAGCAAUACAUUCAAAUGCAAAACACCAAACAUUGUCUUAAUAUGUUCCUUCAAAAACACUUCAUGUCUAUCAAUGCUAGAUUUGAUCCUACCAAUUUCUGGCACAUGUGACAUUUCUAAUAUUCAAUUACAAAUUGAGGCAUACAUCACAAGAGACAAAGAGUUUAAACCAGAUACUCCAAUUCAUCCCCAAACUCUAUGGCUCAAGCCAAAUCCAUCCGAUGAACCAAUACAUGCUAUGUUAGGUCCAAACAGUUGGCUUUGGCUUGGCGCAAUAAUCUCUUCCUCUUUCAUCAUCUUCCUUAUUAUAAUCGGGGUCAUUACUCGUUACUACAUUUUCCCUAUCGAUCAUAACACGAAUGCAAUAUUCUCGGAUCCUUUAAGGGCAUUCCUUAACAUGCUAGUAAUAUGUGUGUCGAUAGCUGUUGUUUCAAGUGUAGCUGUCUUGUGGAACAAACAAAAUGCUAAAGAAGCAAAACAGAUUCAGAACUUGGAAGGGUCAUCACCAACAGUCUCACCAAGUUCAAUGAUUUACAAUGCUGAUAGAGAAUUAGAAAGCCUUCCAUAUCAGUCCCUUGUUGAAGCUACCAAUGUGCAUUAUGGUCAAAGACCUGAUCUUAAAAGUAAGUCAUUUAUCUCUAGAGAAAAUAUUUUUGAUAUAUUUACAAGAAUCUCCAUUUAUCUCUAUGAAUUGAAAUCACUCUUUUGUUUUGCAGGACUUCUAUUUGAAAUGAAAGGGUCAAGUGUGGGAGUUCUUGUUUCAGGACCUAAACAAAUGAGGCAGGAAGUUGCUUCCAUUUGCUCAUCUGGUUUAGUUGAAAAUUUGCAUUUUGAAUCAAUCAGUUUUACUUGGUAAUCUUGCUCAUUCUAAUAGAAAGGGUGCAAAUCUUUCAGUGAUUCAUAAAUCUGUAUAAUUUGUUUGUCAAUUUUGGAGAAACCUUGUACUUUAAUUAUUUUCUUUUCUAUCAUUACUAAUGCUUCUAGUGGUUUUCAGUUGUUUCCUUUUUAAUUAUUUUUCCUUGAUUCAAGGAAGAGAAAUUAUUGUAUCAUCGCUGUUUAAACCAGUAUUUGGCUGAGGAAUAAAGUAUUGUCACAUUCACCACUUUUUUUUUUGUUGAAA